AUGUUUUACAGAUUCUGGGCCAGAUUUUUGCAAAUUUAUUUUAUUGGUGAUGGAAAUCGUGAAUUGCAUCAACGUUGUGUAAUUGUUUCAAAUACAAGACGAGAAAUUAUUCGUGAGCUACAAAGGUUUUUCCAUCAGCAUAACGCAUUGGUUCAAUUGUUCAAAAUUGCUCUUAAUCGUAUGCCAUCUGAUAGUCACAAAAUUGUAAUAAGGGCUGAUAGAACACCUUUUGGAGAACAUGCAAGGCAAUUCAAUGCACCGACAAUUGAUAAGGUUGCUAUUGUUAUCCUUGAUGAUCAGUUGCGAUCCCGUGAUAUUGUACUUCAUCGCAGAAAUGAUCAAUUGAAACGUGUUUCGGAACUGCAUCGUAGUUACGAUGCAUUACAAUACCCAAUAUUGCAUUGGAAAAGUGACGAUGGCUACCAUAUCAAUAUACCAAUGAUUGAUCCACGAACAGGUCUACAUGUACAGAAAAAAGUUAGUGCCAUGAACUUUUAUUCGUAUCGAUUGAUGGUUCGUCCACAAGAACAAAAUUAUAUCUUGAGAUGUGGUAAACUAUAUCAUCAGUACAUCGUUGAUAUGUAUGCCAAAAUAGAAACUGAACGUCUUAAUUUUAUUCGUUUCAACCAAUCAAAAUUAAGAUCCGAGGAAUAUAUUCAUUUGCGAGAUGCGAUAAUGAAUGAUGCUAAUGUUAACGACAUUGGCGUUUAA